AUGGACCACCGUCAAGCCGGCGGUUCUGGCAUACGCAAAUCUGCUCUCUGGCUGUACCACGAGUCUGGAGUGCGGUCCGUCCAUCUCACCGGCCGUGAUGCAUGGUUCGUCAUCUUGGCGCGGACAUGCCGCAUGUUUGCCUUUGGAGGAGCCUCCCUCAUCAUGGCUCUCUUCUUUGCUACUCUGGGCUUUAGCGACCGUCAACUCGGGCUCUUCAUGACAAUGACGCUGGCGGGAGACUGUGUGCUCUCCUUUGCGCUCACGUUCAUUGCGGAUAACAUUGGCAGACGCCGUGUCUUUAUUGGCUCUGGCUUGCUGAUGGCAGUCUCCGGACUGGCAUUUGCCUAUUUUGAGAACUUUUGGGUUCUGCUGCUUGCAGCCGUCAUUGGAGUAAUAUCUGCCACUGGCAGCGACUUUGGGCCAUUCCGGGCUAUUGAAGAGUCCGUAUUGUCUCAUCUGACUACCCCGAAGACACGCCCGGAUGUGCUGUCAUGGUAUAUCGUAACGUCGAAUCUUGGAUCCGCUGCUGGUAUAGAAGUAGCUGGUCGGGUUGUUGAAGCGUUAAAGAAUCGUGAUGGUUGGAGUGAGAAACGUGUAUACCAUGCCAUCUUUUUGAUCUAUGUCGUCAUGGGAGUUAUCAACAUGGGAUUUGCCUUGUUCAUGACUGACAAUUGCGAAAUCACGAAGCCUGAACCGUCGAAAGAUGAUGGCACCCAGGCUGCACAAGGACUUCUCAGCGAAUCUGAUGAAGAGAUGGAGGGCGAAAUAGCACCAGCAAACACCGAGCCUCCGGCGCCACAGAAGAAGAGCUUGUUUUCAGGGAUAUCCAUGGCAUCGAUGUUCGUCAUGUAUAAAUUAUGGUUCCUUCUCACCGUCGAUUCCUUGGCAGAUGGCAUGGCUUCAUACGCGCUGACGAACUACUAUCUCGACCGCAAGUUUCAUCUACCCAAGUCACAACUUGGCGAUUACAUGUCCGCGAACUACAUUCUUGGCGGUAUAUCCAGCGUCUUUGCUGGCCCUCUAGCACGACACUUGGGACUCAUCAAUACAAUGGUCUUUACUCACUUGCCAUCUUCAGUGGCCGUGCUGCUAUUUCCGGCACCACAAGGGAUUGUUCUCACAGUGAUACUGCUGCUCAUACGGGGUGGCCUAAACAACAUGGAUCAAGCUCCUCGAGCAGCCCUCAUUGCUGCAGUUGUGAAGCCCGAGGAGCGGACGGCGGUUUUGGGAGUUACAAGCACACUACGGACAUUGGCCUCGACCAUCGGACCGAGCAUAACAGGAGCUCUUGCAGAUACGGACAAAUUCUGGGUGGCGUUUGUGACUGCUGGUGCGCUGCGCGUGGCCUAUGAUCUGGGGCUGUGGGUGAUGUUUGUGAAUAUGAAGCUGCACACGCAUGAAGAAGGUGGUCAGGAUUCAAGUAGGACGAGGAGAGUAGAUGAUGAGGAGGAUUCGGUAGAGAUGGAUCCGUUCAAACGAGAAGAAGAGGAGCAUGCCAGGUAA